AUGCUAAGAGAAGGACUCACGCGCGAAGUAAUCAUAAUCGUAUUGCUAAUCUUCUUCGCUAUUGUUGGAUAUAUUUUUCGAGAUCCAAUCACGAUACGAUUAGUCACAGUUAAGCAAUAUGCUGUGGAAGGGCCUUUGGCUGGUGUAAUCGAUUAUGGGCAGCAAAUGGCUUCGAUCCUCAAAAAUAAACUUGAUCAAAUAGACAAAAAGGACUUGGAGAAAAUACCGUUGGCGAGACAGCAUCUUGGUGCUGUUGAUUUCAUCCAGACAGCGCUCAUGGCUUCCCGAAUACUCUCAAGACAUGGAGGAGCAACGAGCAGUCGCCCACAGACUACAACUGGAACCACAAAUACAACCGCGGGCACUGGAGCUGCAGCUACCAAGCCAGCAACCAGCCAUGAGGGUGCAGCUGGUGGAGGAGGUACAGGCCCCGGUGCGGGAAAGCAUACCGCGGAUGCAAAGGAGAAGGAGAAGGAGAAGGAGGCUGAACACAUAGCGAUCCCAAGCAACGAGGAUGUCAUAAGCAGUGCAUUUGAAGCGCCAGAAUGGGCAUGUGACGAGAGUCACUCCCAAAAUUACAUGAUUUACUGUCAGGGUGAUCUGCUACACGCAGUCAUGAUGCUCAAUAUUUUCAAAGACUCGAAAACGUUCGUCGAUAAACCCCUGAAACGCGAUCCCGCUGAAGUUGCCGCCGAUUUUAAGCGCAAAUUUCCCCGCGAUAUUACAGUUAACGAUCGAGAAGCUGUGCGCCUUUUCAUCGAGGAGAACUUCGACGAGGAAGGACAUGAACUGGAAGAGUAA